UGGAGUCUGGGGUCAGAGCACGGGUUCAUGCUCCCAGGGGAGGCCCAGGCUCUGCCAGGGUGGGGAGGCUGUCCUGUGCUGAGGUCUGAAGGUCGCAAGGAGUUAGGCCAAGGCUGGGGAGUGUCCAGGGCUUGGGAAGCUGGACUGUGGGGGGGACAAGGCUAUGGGGAAAGGGGGGCUUUGGUGCCCACCCAAGAGUUGUUGGAGUUGCUGCAGGCAACUAGGGAGGGGGAGCCACAGGGCAGGGACGGGUGCCAGAAAGAGGGUCUUGUAUCCAGGCACGGCCCCAGACUCCCCUGCCAACCAAGGUCCCCGCCCCGGAGAAGUCAGCAGGGCACCCCAGCUUCCAAAGCCAAAGAAGUGCAGGUGUCCCAGGCCACCGCUGUGGCCAGGCCUGCAGGACUCUGCCACUGGGGACGCUGGGCUCACGGGCUGCACCCAGCUGGCUCUCUCCAGGCCCUGGCAUCUGUCACAGGGUCAGCAGGGCCUGGGCCCCAGGGGAGCGGCUGCUGAUGCAGCAGCCUUGCAGAGAGAAAGGCUCAGGGGUGCACAUGAGAGCCCGUGAAGAGAUUCAGGGUGCUGGGCUGGCCUUGCCUCAUGCACACGAAGCUGGUCAGGCUUCUGGCAGCUUUGGCAACUUGCGUUCCGGAGAAACCACUCACGAGAGACAUUCUGGGCUCUGGGGGAAGUAGGGCAGGGGCGCCGGGCGCCUCUGAUUGGUCCGGCACAAGGUGGCAAAGGCAGGUGAGGGCGUGUGGAGGGGAGCGGGCUUCCCGGGGGGUGCUUCCUAGAACACUUCCGCCUCUCCAGGUAUCUGACCAGACUGGCUUUUCUGGAUCCCUAAGCUUAGGGCAGUGCCCGUGUCACUGGGUGACGAUGACAGAAUUUAGGGCAGAGGCCCUGGGGAGCAUGAGGCUUCGAGAGAGACAGACUCACGAACACCCACAUGGCAGAACACACCCGCCCCAGGUUCCCACAGGUCAACACUUCUCAGAUGCGCACUUCCCAGGCACCAGGACCCGGGGGACCCACCUCAACAAUGGCAGUCACCAGCAAGGGCACCUGGGAGGCGGCCUCUGCUCCACCCCGAGGUUGCCUGAGCUGGGAGGUGGUGACGGCUGUCCCAGCCAUCCUCAUCCCCCAGAUGUCUGGCUCCGUGGGAAUGCAAUGGGGACAGCCCAGUCCCUGACCCCAGGCCCUGCCUGGACACAUCUGCUUCUUUAGGGCUGAAUCAGGCAAGGCUUUAACUUGGGAUUGGGCCCAGACUUCUGGUCCCUGCUGGGGCUUCUUCAGGGCUGGGCACACUUCCACGAGGUCUCCCCGCCCAGAGGGGCUGGAGGUCAGGGGUAAAGGGCCCUUCUCCCCCUCUCCUUGUGGAUCCACAUGCCAGGGCUCUUUAUCCUUUCCCCAAGGCCCUGGUGGGAUGAGCCAGAUCCCAGACGCUCAGGGGCAGCCCCCAGGACCCUCUUCCAUUGACCCUCAGCCUGAACCUGAGCUUGAACCUGAGGCGGAGCCUACGGGUGUCACUGCCAUCCCCACAGCCCGCCCUGUGCCCUGCUCUCUGCCAAGGGUGCAAGAGCCAGCCCCCAAGGAGCUCUAUCAGGACUCCCCAAGUUCCUGGGAGGAGGGGGCCCUGGCUGAUCUCGCAUUGUAUGCGGCUGCCUGCCUGGAAGAGGCUGGCUUUGCGGGGACCCAGGCAACAGCCCUCACACUGUCCUCAGCCCUGGAGGCCCGGGGGGAGCGUCUGGAGGAGCAGGUGUAUGCCCUGGUGCGCGGGCUACUGGCACAGGUGCCCAGCCUGGCCGAGGGGAGGCCCCGGCAGGCGGCCCUCCGGGUACUGAGUGCGCUGGCCCUGGAGCAUGCUCGGGAGGUGGUGUGUGCGCUGUUGCCCAGCUCGCUGCCCCCGGACCGGGUGGCUGCUGAGCUGUGGCGCAGCCUGAGCCGAAACCAGCGCGUGAAUGGGCAGGUGCUGGUACAGCUGCUGUGGGCACUGAAGGGCGGAGCCGGGCCCGAGCCCGAGGCACUGGCGGCCACUCGUGCCCUUGGGGAGAUGCUGGCUGUGUCCGGCUGCGUAGGCGCCACUCGGGGCUUCUACCCACACCUCCUGCUCGUGCUGGUCACACAGCUGCACCAGCUGGCGCGGCGCGCGUCCUCCCCUGACACCCCCAAAGCUUGGACCCCAUCGCACCGAGGGCCGCCACACAGCCACGCCAGCUGCGCUGUGGAGGCCCUGAAGGCCUUGCUCACCGGGGAUGGCGGCCGCAUGGUGGUCACGUGCAUGGAACAGGCUGGAGGCUGGAGGAGGCUGGUGGGAGCCCACACCCACCUCGAAGGCGUCCUGCUGCUGGCCAGUGCCAUGGUGGCCCACGCGGACCACCACCUGCGAGGCCUGUUCGGGAACUUGUUGCCCCGGCUGCGCAGCGCCGACGACACGCGGCGCCUCACGGCUAUGGCCUUCUUCACCGGGCUGCUGCAGAGUCGGCCCACGGCAGGGCUUCUGCGGGAAGAGGUCAUCCUGGAGCGGCUCCGCGCCUGGCAGGGCGACCCCGAGCCCACCGUGCGCUGGCUGGGCCUGCUCGGCCUAGGCCACCUGGCGCUGAGCCGCGGGAAGGUGCGGCACGUGAGCAAACUGCUGCCCGCGCUACUGGGCGCGCUGGGCGAGGGCGACGCGCGGCUCGUGGACGCCGCGCUGGGCGCGCUGCGGCGGCUCCUGCUGCGGCCUCGGGCGCCCGUGCGGCUGCUGAGCGCCGAGCUGGGGCCGCGCCUCCCGCCGCUGCUGGACGACGCCCGGGACUCGGUCCGCGCCUCGGCUGUUGGACUUCUCGGGACGCUGGUGCGGCGGGGCCGGGGCGGGCUCCAGGUGGGGCUCCGCGGCCCCCUGCGGAAGCUGGUGCUGCAGAGCCUCGUGCCGCUGCUCUUGCGCCUGCAAGAUCCCAGCAGGGACGCCGCUGAGAGUUCAGAGUGGACCCUGGCCCGCUGUGAUCACGCCCUCCGUUGGGGCCUGCUGGAGGAGAUGGUCACCGUGGCCCACUACGACAGCCCUGAGGCCCUAAGCCGCAUCUGCCACUGCCUGGUUCAGCAGUACCCGAGUCACAUACCCAGCUUCUUGAGCCAGACCCAGGGCUACCUGCGGAGCCCGCAGGACCCCUUGCGCUGGGCAGCUGCUGUGCUCCUAGGCUUCCUCGUCCAUCACACAAGCCCCAGCCGGGUCAACCAGGACCUGCUGGACUCCCUGUUCCAGGGUGGCGCUGCUGGCCUGCGCACAGCCGGGGCCGCGCCUCCCGCGUCUCCUCCGCCUGGGCCUCUGGCGCCGCGUGGGUCCCCACCGACCCCCACCAGUCUACGCGAGCAGUCCAUUCCAGCCCCGCAGCGUCGUGGGCCGCUGGGGCUGCUUGGGAUCCGGCUGUGCCUGACCCCAAGCCAGCCCGCAGGGUACCUGGGUCUGAGGCAGGCACGCACUGCUCUGUGGUUCAUCCUGGGUGGGGGGUGGGGGGAGCGAUCCGCAGAAGAGGCUCCGCUCCAGGGGCCCCUGGGCCUGGUACCAGAUGCUGUGAGCAAGCCCCCUCCCCCUCUCCUGCACACAAAUCCUCCAGGCCCAGGGCCACGACGGCCACGUGAGCUGGGACGGAGACGCCUCCUGUCCGAGUACUGUUUCAGCUUGGGUGAAUCCGUCCCCACUCAGGCCAGACCUGUUGCUCUCCAAGCGCCCAGGAGUGUGCCCCCACCUCCGCCAACCUCAGCCUGGAUGGCACCUGGGCUCCCGAGCUGGGGUCUGGUUGGGGACACUGUGAAACUAGCCCAGCCCGGGUGGCUGGUGCCCUGGAAGGCUGCCUGCUCUCCAGGUCUCUGUCUCUGCGCACAGCCUGGCUCGGGCUCCCCUGCCUUCCUUGGCACCCCUGCCCGGCAGCCCAUCAUCCUCCAUCAUGUGUCCACUCAUCACCGGCCUGUCCCCACAUCCCCACACCCUCACCCCUGCUAGCCUGCCAGACCUCACCUGAACCUUCUCCAGGAGGUUCUCCUGACUGCCCCACGGGACACCACAGGCUCGGGAUGAUACCUGUGGGCUCAGGUGUGGGGUGCUGACAUCUGCACCCCACUAGACUGAGCCCUCAAGACGCUCCCCCGUGCCCUGUGUGGGCUCGAAUGAGGAGAGCGUGACCGAACAUGCAGAGAAAUAGCCCCUCUGUUGUGACUGAGCCUCUCUGGGCCGUUCAAGGCCCUCCACCUAGCCACUUCAGAGAGGCCUUGGCUCACACAGCCUUUUGGAGGGGCUGGGAGCAGUCCCCCCAGACUGGAGACCCCUUGGGGUCCUGUCCACCCACUACAGAAAGUGUUUAAAAUAAACACGGGUGGAUUU